AUAACUCAUUUUAGUGAUGUCGGACUGACGGUGGACGAUGAAUACACUCUAAAUGAUCCAACCAGUGAAUCGCAUAUUUUGGACAAAUUGCAACCAGACACGCGUUAUACGGUCUGUAUUCAUAUCACACGUGACUGGUACGCGACACCAAUCCCGAUCACUUCGGCCGCGGCACAUCAUCCGUUGAACUCCUCUUUGACUCGACCCGAUCGACUGCAAUCCGGCUCAACCGGAUCCAGUCUACGCUCCCGUAUUGGUGAGACCAGUUUCCCCGAGCCGAUUCGCACAGUGACCGAACGCGAGUGUCGUGUUGCGGUCACAUCAUGGUUUCACUGGCCUGCGUUGAUAUCCAGCUUGGUCGGGAUCCUGAUUGCUAUUCUCAUCUCAUUCUCCAUCUUCGUGUUCCUCAAACGUGCUCAAGCCCGUUUGAAGAAAGCAAGACGUGACCAAAAGAAAGCCUACUGUACCGAUCAUGCACACCCGAUGCUCGCGAAACAUCCGGACUCGUCUCCCUCGCUGAUGGUGGUUGCCCCUAAUCAAACUCACUCGUUGAAAUGUCCGCAUCAUCGAUGUUUACAUUGUUCGAUGCAUUCUCCCCAUUCGUUUGCGUCGAAGUCACCGACAACAUCGAACUCCACAGCAUCUCCGACUGUUUCUUUAUCGCAACCUCAUCAUCAUCAUCACCAUCAUCAUUUUCAUCACCCACAUCAUCAUCAUCACCAUCAUCAUCGUCAUCAUACACAUCGACAUCCGGUCCCCCCCAGAACUCAUCCUCCCAGUAUGGUUCCGCUAACCGACACCGAUGGUGAGCAAGCGUCCCCGACUGAUCCGUUAAGUCCAGCUACAGGAGACUUGCUCAGUAUCGAUAUGGCUCAAAGCCUGUCGGGUUCGGAUAGUUAUCAGUUUAGUUCAACUAGUAGUGCAGACGAUCGAGUGAGUAUUUGCAAACCCCAACAAGCUUUGUCCGGUUCCCAACAGAAGCACACACUAACAACAACAACAACGACAACAGCAGGUGUAAUUAAUUCGCUAUCCCCGAACGAACCAUUCCUUGGUCCCGAACGGAAACGCACGGUUUCGUUUCUCCUGUCCGAACGAAAAAAAUCAAUCACAGAAAAGCUAAGAAGCAAAUCGAUUGAUAAGACCAUUCUAGACGGAUGGCCUACGCGUAAAUUGCCUUUCGGAUUUCGCAAAUCGAAAAAGUCGGCUGGUCGACAUUCGGUUGCGGAAGGUUUGAUUAACAUUCCACAAGUCACCGUGACCUUGCCAGACGUUUCCGAUGCUCCCGUUUUAUCAGUUACCACGGAGACCACAGUCCCAGUCAAAACUACACCAACAUCAUCCGGGACACCUGUACCAAUACCGGCACAACAGGUGGCGCAGAAGCAGGUUUCCGUGACUCCCACGGAUUCAGACAAGAAACCGAGCUGUGCUGAACAAUCAUCAAAUCAACCCACUGCCUUUGAACCAUCUUUACAACCCAGCACAAAUUCGAAACCGACAACACCCCCACAAAAAGCAAACAAUGUGCUAAGUCCCACUCUGCCAGAUCGUGAUGUGGUCAGUGUGAGUUCCAGUGUGCUAGGCAGUGAUCGUGAUAUGAACGAGGCUCGUCCAGCCGUCAUCCCGGCUGCAUUAUCAGUGACCGGAUUUAAAGUGGCCGUCGACGCCAGCCCAGAUCCGGUCCGAUGGACCAAUGUGAUCACGACGGAUCAUCCGUUGCCGACAGCAGCUCCGAUCACAUCUUCAUCCUCAUCAGCGGCCUCAUCAUCCUCCUCCGGCGGGCGAUCCACCGUAUCUCCAGUCCCGUGUGACUGCAAUCGAAAAGCUGAUGUCACUUCAGACGAUGUCAUGAAUGAAGAUUUCCGAAUGGAAUCGCAGUCGGUUCUAAGUUUGACCACCAUGCUUCCCACUUUAGCUAUCUGCGAUAUCGUGUUUCGUUCGUUUGUUAUCCAUCUCUCCCGCGGUCCAUAUUUGAUGACGUUUAUUGGAUAA